CUGUAUUUAUGUAUUGGCUUUUCCCCCCGUUUCCAUUCUAUGACGUGAGAUUCCUACCGAAUUCAAUCUGAUCGCUGUUGUCGGGCGUAGGGAAGGGAGUUCGAGGCUUCUCGGGAGAGUGUUUUGUUUUUCUUUUUUUCUGGGGGGGAUCCCGUCUCCUUCAUCCGUUGUUCCGUCUUGUCGAGCCUGUGAUUGAGAUGGCGAUGGAGUGGGAACCAGUGAGUGACGCGUUUCUCCCUUUCUUUUUGAAAGUCUGAACUCUUUUCAUCGCAGUGCUGCUGUCGUUUUAGACAGCGAAUUCUCGCCAACCUCGAUCCGUCUCGUGGACUCCUAAUUGGAAGUCGAGAGCUAUUGUGAAAAUUAUGCCCGAUUGAAAUGCGGCUCUUGCCGCGAUGAUACCAUCUAUUAUUUUCAAGUUAUAAAUUAUUCAUUAACGAUUUUUUUUUCUCUCUCUUCCUUCCGGUCCAGUUGACUCCACAGUAGACAACAUUUAAAAGACCCUCAGACGAUAGAAUCACAAUAUUUACUCAGCGACUGACUUUCCUUCUAUUUAUACGCUGGCAACACCAUCGAUUGUGGGGUGUGAGUGAUCUUUCGAUUGUCAAAACGUUGAGAGUAUUGCCAUCUUUGAAUAGAAAACCAUGAGCUUUCAGCGCAAACCUUUCGAUUGGUGUGUGUGCGUGUGUGACGUUCCCACUGCCCUGGACCUUGGCAACAGUCGGAACUCGUGACUCUUUGCCUGAGCUUUGCUUCAAGUUACUCUGUCAGAGCAAUAACAUCAGAUAUACUGUAUGUAGCUUUUUGCCCCCUCUGGUAAACAAUCUUUCGUCCGACUUAAACUACAAUCUCUUUUUUUGCACAUAACGACUGUCACGGUGGAAACCUCUCUCUAGCACGUGCAGUUUUCUUUUUUUUCCUCGCUCCAGCUCAUCUUUUCCCCCCGUGGUGAAUGUCCACGGUAAAUGAAACUAACUUUUUCUGACGUCCUUGGUGGGUACGGCAAGCUCAAGGCAGCGAUACAGCGAAUAAUUGUUUUAAAAACCGGGCCUAAGUAUACAUAUGUGUGUGUGCCAUGAUUGGUUCUCCUUGGGGUUGAGGCCGACUUGUGUCAGUUUCUAAAAGUCUGUAAAACACAGCCCAUCUCUAAAAUGUCGAGUGCGAUGAAGUUGAUUUUGUCGCCGGCGGCUAGGAAUAAGAUUAAAAACACUCGAUUAGGGCAAUCGUUGACUGGCGUUAAUCUCACAUGACUGCGUGACUGCGGCCAGCUACUUUGUGUGUGGCUCGAUUGGGCCCACGGCUACACAACGUCAUCGAGUUCACAAAAGGCGGACCAGUUGAGAGAGGAGAGCAUUGUCAGCGUAGAAUUUGACUUUGAAGCUUUGUAAUCAAACUGUUCUCUAUAAUGAUAUAGAAGGUGAUUUCGUUUCGUUGCCUUUUGAGAUUGCAAUUACAGAUGUGAGUCGUGUAGCAUUUAAGUCGAUAGCUAGAUGUUAUUUCUCUCUCAUGUGUUUGCUUUUUGUUUUUGCAACAUGUUUCUUCUGCAGCGCUGAGCUCGUCAAAGAAUGCAAUAUCUGUCGUUUUUUGAAAGAUGGCUACUUUUUCAUUUCUACGCCGUUACCCUUCGAUUUCAGUGUUCUUGAAGAUGUGUGCAAUUUUAGUCGCCAGAUAUUGGAAUCCUUGGUUCGUUUUGUAUUCAAAAUGACGACGACGACACGAGGAGGGGUACAGCGGCAGCGGCAGCGGCUCGAUACUUGUAGCAAAGCGUAAACACGAGCCGAGUAAUGUAUUCCACUAGUUCCCCUUUAGCGCAGUGUGCUCUCGCCUUCAGCGCUGGGUUGUGUGCCGGGCCGGCUUGCAACAUGGUAACAGAAGGUUCUCGGCAAGGUUCAAAGUCGUAACACUGACUAGUUUCCCCCUGGUGUGUGACAAAGUAAGUCGAAGAAGUUGCGCUCGCUUCCGACCACUUUCAAGUUGCUUUUGAAAUACUUUUCGAACCUUGGCUCUCUCUCUCUCUCUCUCUCGGCAACUAGAACUAGUAGUAGUAGAUUAACUCUACUCGAAGAAUCGCAUGCUGCUGCGACACUGGGACAGAAUUUCAAUCAGCUUUCCAUUGUUCGUCUCCCGUCUUCCUGGGAAAGAAUUUGGGCGACAAUGUCGGAAAAUGAGGAGGAAUUGACGGUGGAUGAUGGGCACCCCGUGUCCGCUUUUCAACUGCAUCGCGAAAGUAGUUACAAGAAAAGGGAAGUGUACGAAAAGCUCGUAGCUUCCAAAAAGACGACCGUCGUUGAUGGAGCCUCGUCGAGUUCCAUAAUGGCACAAUCAGUGGGCAAUCCUGGGCCCACGUCGUCGUCAUCUUCUUUGCAAGCGUCGCUCGUCUCUCGGCCGUCACGCCAGUCUGCGGCCAAACGUGAAAGCAAUUCUUCUAUGACGUCCGCGAUGUUGAGUUUGAAUGGGCCGCCGUCUUCAUUCGCUUCCAAUCUGCCCGACUGUAAACCGUAUUCGCUGCUGCUGGGCGAGAAUAUUCUCGUUGAAUGUUCCCUCCUGAAAAGAUACCUGUUAUUACUGAAAGAUGCCCUGUCAAAACCCGACUUGUCUGUUGUCGAAUUGCAAACCCUUACCCACGAUGUCAGGAAAGCCAGAGAAGUCUUGGUGGAAAAGGUUGCAGUACCUCUCAACGAUUUUCAGAGGGAAUUGCAGGAGCAAAUUUCUCAUGAACACAUUCACUCGGCAAUUGCGGGUCCUCCUGUCCAUUCGUUUCAUGAGCUUAGAAAUAGUUUGCUGCUCCCGCCGACUCCCACGGCCACGCAUCCAUAUCCUUCUCAUCUCUACAUGUAUCCCGGCUCUGAGCAGCUAACGGACAGGAGAAAUCCGCUAAGUAUUACCGAUCAGAGCUGCGUUCCCUAUAAUGCGCAACCUGCGCAUUGAAAUGAAUUUCUUUUUUUUUGCUUAUUAUUCAAAUGUUCAAAAAAAAAGUUGAAAUCUUCUUUUUCAUGUCUCACUGCCAUACUGCUCCAUUUCAAGCGUAUAUGUGUCGUCUGAAUUCUUUUAUAAGUUGCCGCGCUCUAUUGAUUAAAGUAUUGUUAGGGCGGGUCUUUUUCUUGUGAAAUAUCCCGUAAGAAAAUGUAGAACAGGCGGGAUCUAAAAAAUUUUUGCGUGGUUAAUUC